UCGGUUGCGUUUUGAAAGGGUAGAGCCCAUCCCAAACCGAAAACCAGAACUAAAAAAAGUUCUUUAGUCGUUUUUUUUGAAUUGGUUCUUUAGUCGAUAAUGCCUUUGAAUUCUACUACAUUUGUUUUCUUCUCUCCAAAUCACCAACCAAAUUCCAAUCCAAACUCACUGUAAUUCUACCUCUGGUUCGAUCUCUCUCUGAGAGAGAGAGAGAGAGAGAGAGAGAGAGAGAGAGAAUGGAAUCGGAUCUUUCAUUGAUCGAAAUCUCCGGCGAAGAUGACUCUCUGCUCCAACAGACUCCCUCACUCCACAACACCACCACCGCCGCAGCAGCCAACUACUGCUUCUCAUGCUCGCCUUUGCAAAUCCCCGGAUCCACCCUCAAUUCCCACCGUUCUUCUCGGUUUUCGCCAAUCAUGGGUUUAAAGGAUAAUGCAGGAAUAGAAGAACCUUCUUGUUCAACUCCAAUAGGUAGUAGUAACAAAGAAAACAUGAGUGUGAAAAAAUCAGAAGUGCCAAAAUUGAGUGUAGAAUCACAGCAAAUGAAGAGAAGGAAAAGGUCCGGAGCAUACAAUUUACGGAAAAGCUUAGCGUGGGACAGGGCUUUCUUCACUGAAGAAGGUGUUUUGAAUUCCUUAGAAUUAUCUAUGCUCAGUGGAAGCAUUGGUAACUCAAAUAGGAAGGUGCUGCCAACUAUUCAUGAAGAAGGGAGAACGUUGGCUGUUAAUUCUGGCAGCAAUAGUGAUUCAGCAGUUUUACAAGUACUUGAAGAGAAUUUAUUUAAAGAAACUCAUGCAACUAAUUCAAAUGAAAGAGAUAAUGGUGGUAGUUUAUUGAUGAAGCAUGUUUCAUCAGCUCCAGAUAAUGCAGCAUCAACCUCUGUAGGUAUGCCGAAAAUGCUUUCAAACCAGAGGGGUAAUAGGACUAGGUCUAAAAGUGGUGGUUGUCCACGACCCGUGGUUUUUCCUUCUCUUAAAAGGCCUGCAAAUGCAAGCACAACAAAAUCUGCAAUGAAAGAAUCAAAGAUUCCCAAAAUUCCUGCUUCAAGGUCAGGUGCUCAUUCACUUCCUAAAUCCAAUAAGAAUAAUGUGCCGAGUACAAGCCACUCAAAGCAUAAUCAGAUUGGUCAAACAGAUAUUGUUCAAAAGAGUGCAAGAAUACAAGACCCCUUUAAAAAUACUAAAAGUUCUGCAAAUAAAGCAAAGGCUGGUUCUGAUUCCUCAUCUUUGUCUGCAAAGUCACCACUUCAGCAUCCUAGAAGGAAUAUGCCUAACUCAACUUUAGAAGUACGCUCAUCAACCAAUCCACAGCCUCCACUGGUCACGAAAGCUAAUUGUGGUUUAGAGGUGUUUCCAGCUGCAGUACUUCCACCUACUGGAUCACGUGCACCAGAUGCCCAUGAUUUAUAUCGGAAAACUGGAGUUGUCCCUCAAAAUACUCAAUAUAUCGGUGGGAACAUGCGGGAUACACAAUUUCAAACAAUUAAACCUUCAGGUUUGCGGAUGCCAUCGCCAUCACUGGGAUUUUUUUGUCAGCCUAAAUCUUCUGCUUCAAAUAGUUCAUCCCAGAAAGCCACUCAGUCAAGUAAUAUUCCCAAGUCUUAUAUCCCUGGCCUGCAGAGACUCAACGUCUCAAAUUACACGCAUGACCCAAGGCUGCUGCAAGCUCCAGAAAAAAUGCUGAAAAUGGAUAAUAAUGCCACAGUUAGUGGAAAUUCUAGGGUCUCAGGUUCUAGUACAGAAUGUUCUCUUCCAUCUGCUUAUAGUGAUGCUUCACAUGAAAAUGUUGAAUUGAAAUUAGAAGGAUCUAAUGCAUUGAGAAUGGAAACUAUGCUUCCAUGCUAUCCUAAGAGUUCUGAACUGAUGAAAGAUAAUCAACAGGAGCAUAAAAUUGUUGGUGGUGACAAAGGACUUCAAGAAUGUGGGGAACCUCAUAAAGAUGAUCAGAGUUCUUCUAAGGAGGACUCAGACUUUGAGAUGAAUGAUGAUGAUUGGCUUUUGCAGAGCAGAUCCUCUGAUCAACUUAAGAAAGAUAGCAAUAAUGAAGUCGCCAUUUCUUGUCCAGAAUUUAUAUAUUCUAAAAUGGAUGAAUUGGAAAACUUCAAUUUUGCAUCUCAACAUAGCUGUGCAGUGCUUGUUGAAGGGGUUCCUGAAGCAAAUGAUACAAUCAAGCACCAGCAUGUUGAGAACAAGCAAUGCAGUUCUUCUGUUGGUACUCAUGAAGUCAUCUCUGGAUAUCAGACUGAAUAUGCUGCCGGUGAUAUCAAGCAGGCGUUUGUUAUAAUGCAUAAUGAUAGUUCAAGUAAUAUCCAUGUUGAUGAAUGGUCUACUUUAAAGGAUGAACUAAUAAAUGCUUCUGCUGGUAAAGCUGAUCAAAUUCCUCAUGGAGAGAACCCUAAUCUUGUGAGAAAUGACAGAAUUUUGCUUGAGGACAGAAAAUUGUUUGAGUCCCAGAAAUACAAGAGAGAGAAUGAUGCAACUGUCAAUUCAAAUAUAUGCAAGUCAAAUGGAAGUGAAAAGCUUAGUUCUAACAGUCCUCCACAUGAAAGCGCAGAACAAGCAAAUGAAGGAGCUGCUGGAGUAGAUCAGUUGAAUGACAAAUUACAUGCGGAGGAUGGACAAGUGAAUUUCUUGGAUGAAACUUUAUUAGUCAAAAAUUGUGACAAUAAGUUGUGCACAUCAGAGGUUCAUGAUCAAUAUUUAGUGGUUGAUGACAAUAAUAAAAAAACUAGAGAACAUCCUAAGCUUCAAAGUUGUCGCCUUCUAGUUGAACAAGCCUCCGAGUUAAACCAUGGUUUCCUUGUGGAUGAUUCCUCAUUUUGUUCCAGUGAAGAAUCAAGUUUCUCGGUUAAGAGGAUUCAGACAUUGGCUAAUGAAACUAAUGCAAUGGCUAUUGGGGUUGAUAAGAGGAACAAUGUCUUGCCAGAUGAUAAUGAACGUAGAAUUUCUCAGGAAAAUGUUAAUCCUGGUGAACUUCAGCACAAGCUGGAUGAUGCCAUUUGUUCCAGUGAAGAAUCAGGUUUCUUGGUUAAAAGGAUUCGGACAUUGGCUAAUGAAACUAAUGCAAUGGAUAUUGGGUUUGAUAAAAGGAACAAUAUCUUGCCAGAUGAUAAUGAACUUAGAAUUUCUCAGGAAAAUGUUAAUCCUGGUGAACUUCAGAACAAGCUGGAUGAUGCCAUUUGUUCCAGUGAAGAAUCAGGUUUCUCGGUUAAAAGGAUUCGGACAUUGGCUAAUGAAACUAAUGCAAUGGAUAUUGUGGUUGAUAAGAGGAACAGUAUCUUGCCAGAUGAUAAUGAACUUAGAAUUUCUCAGGAAAAUGUUAAUCCUAGUGAACUGCACAAGCUGGAUGAUGCCAUUUGUUCUAGUGACGAAUCAGGUUUCUCGGUUAAAAGGAUUCAGACAUUGGCUAAUGAAACUAAUGCAAUGGCUAUUGGGGUUGAUAAGAGGAACAGUAUCUUUCCAGAUGAUAAUGAACUUAGAAUUUCUCAGGAAAAUGUUAAUCAUGGUGAACUUCAGCACAAGCUGGAUGAUGCCAUUUGUUCCAGUGAAGAAUCAGGUUUCUCGGUUAAAAAGAUUCAGACAUUGGCUAAUGAAACUAAUGCAAUGGAUAUUAGGGUUGAUAAGAGGAACAUCAUCUUGACAAAUGAUAAUGAACUUAGAAUUUCUCAGGAAAAUGUUAAUCCUGGUGAACUUCAGCACAAGCUGGAUGAUGCCAUUUGUCUUACAGAAGAUGAGGAUAGAACAAUGCCAAUCAAAAAAUCGGAGGAUGAUGAGAAACAAAAUAAUCCAAUGAUAAACCUCACCGUGAAUGCUGUUCCUUUCUCUGAUGAAUGGUUGGCUGCCAUGGAAGCUGCUGGAGAGAAAAUUCUAACAAUGAAAAGUGGUGCUGUACAAAAUUCACCCCCAGACAAAUCUCUUCCCGAACCAGGUCCAUGGUCACCGGUGAAACGGAAACAGAAUUCGAUUGGACCAUUUGACUGUACAAAGUUUGUCAACAUUCCACCCCCCAAUUCUGAUUAACUGGGUGUCACUAUUUUGACAAUCCUCGCCAUUUUAGUCAGACAGAAUCCUCAUAAAUCUCGGGCAAAUACAAGCCAAAACUGUCUUCAAUUCUUUUUUAGGUUUGCCUAAGGUGAUGAACUGAGGGUGAGCUCUAUUUGGGUCAUACCCAAACCAUUCUGACUUCCAAUUAUAGGUUAGAACAUCUCCAAAACUGAGAAACUGUCAAAAGCAAUGCUAUUUGUAGUUUUCUACAAGUUUCGCACUGUUGUAAUAUUACGUGGCUAACAAAUUUAUGAAAUCCUGCAAUUUUGCCAAUUUGGUUUUAGAAGAGUUGCAGCUAUUUGACAUGAAAUGUGCAGAAAUGGGUGGCUUAAAAAGCUGGGUUUUGGGAGAUGAUCCCUAUUUCAUUAUGGUGCGUGUCAAUCUCUGCUCGCUGGUGUGUGACUUGAAGAUGUAGCUUUUCUAUAUUUUAAAGGGAUUUAGGCUUGAUGCUGUGAAAGCAUAUUGCUGUUUGAUUGGUUACGUACUCAAAAGGUAUGUCCUUCCACUAACUAGAUUAGUCUUCCUAAUAUGAAGGAUUUUUAUGCUCGAA